AUGGAAACCUCCAGCGCUGCACUCACCCGCAGACGCGGCGGUCGCCCGAAGGCGCAACGCCCUUCGAAGAGCACGCCUGGCCGGCGUCCCCCGACGCAACGCAUCUGCAGCUUUUGCAGCGACGAUGCCACCGGCAAGGUCAUGCAUGAGCAGCGCGCGUGCGACUGGUCUGACGGGCCGUACCCGCUCGAGUGCACCAACUGCGCCGACUACCGGGCGCUUCACCCGGUCGCGGCGGCGCAACACGUGUGCCAGGUGCCGCGCAAGGCGCUACUCUACCGCAAGUACUCGGAGCACCACCCGCCGCGGUACGAGCACGCGCCCAGCCCGGUAACCGGUCUGCCGGUCGGCGAUGCCAGCACGUGCUGCGUCAAGUGCGCCGCCGACGGCCGGAUGGCAGCGUGCGACGUCGACCCCAUCCUCGGCUACCAGUGCUCACGCUGCAAGGCCGUCGAUAAUUGUCACCUCGCCGACGGCCGCUUGAUGGACAACAAGCCGAACCUACGCCAGGGCGUGCACCGUUGGUUCCGCCACGCCUGCGACGGAUGCGCGCAGCUCACCGCGGGCCGCCGCAUCGGCGGCACGGCUCAGUGCUCAUGGCUCGCCGACCACACAACCUGGAGGGAGCCCUGCGACCGCUGUCAUGCAAACAACCUCGUCUGCCUCGCGUCAGGGAUGAUCGCGUCCAUGCCGGAGGCCAUCAGCAUGCCGGAGAACUGGCGCCCGCGCAGCUUCAUCGCCUUUGGAUGGGCCGAGCUGCGUCCCAGCACCGUCUGGCGCAAGGCGUGUCUGAGCUGUCGUCGCGACAGCAACCACUGCCGCGCCUCCAUCGCCACCCCCUACUCAGCGUGUGGCCGCUGCACGGCCAUGGGCCUCGACUGCGUCGACCACGAGGGUACCGUGUACCCCAUCUUUGACCUGUCCCAGGUUGGCUUCGGGAGCUUUCUGCCCUUUACCGCCUGCAGACGCUGCGUGGAGACGGGCAGAAACUGCGACAGGCAGCGGCCGUGCGACUCCUGCACCCACGCGGGAGAGCCUCACCUCUGCGAAAAUGCCUUCCUGACCACGGCAGCAGGAAAGAAGCGCAUGGCCAACUGCCUGCAUGGGCGUCUGCAUCCUCGGCCCGGUCCAUUGUACUACCUUGCCCACGGCUACGGUGCCAACGGCGUCGACGACGUUAAGGAUGGCUCGCGCAUGGAGCACUGGAUCGGCCCCGUGGCUGAGGCCUAUGUGAUGCCAUCCAUCUCUUUCCACGAGGGCUCACUCAUCCGGGAGAUCUCGCGGCAACGUGAAGCCCUCAUCCCGCGGUCCACACCACCGCACGCGGCACCGGGCACCCCCCUCGCCAGCAAAUCAGCCAGCCAGUUGACGGCCGACGACAUCGCAGCCAUGAUCAACGAGGUCUGGUCGGAUUCUUUCCUGAUGAACACGCUGGACAAUUUUGCGGAGGAACAAGAACAUGCCACGUUAAAAAAGGCUAUGUUCGGGUUUGACACGCCGGCUGGAACGGACAAUCCUCCUACGGCGGCCGAUAUCGCUGCAGCGGUGGGUGAAAACCCUAACUUUGUUUCUAGGGAAAUCGUCAGAGUCAUCCAAGCCUUGCCUGUGGUGGCAAUGUUGUCUGAAGAAGAUAUGGAUGAAGAUGACGAGGAAAGCGAGGAACAGGAAGACAGUGCCGAGAGUGAGGAUCGCGCCGCACCUCAGCUCGGGCAGGGAGGUCAAGGCGACGACACCGGCAAUGCGUCCGUCUUACCACCGCCAGCAGGACUGACAGUGCAACAGACGAUGCAGGCAGCCGGGGCCGUGGCUCGCUCCGGCCAACCCACGGAAGGCACAGCUGCCGAUGCUGCCGACGACGAAGGUGCUACGGACACCGGCGCGCAGGAAGUUGCUCAAACGCACAUCGAUCCUGCUCUCCUUAUCCGGGAUCCUGUCUCUGGGGAGCCGGACCACCCCUCCGUCCCCUUCCGCCACCCAUCUUCCAUUUUGCCGCAGGACAACACAUUGCUAGGCCAUACCACGACAUUGCCCGCACAUCUCGUUCCCGCGCCCGAAAUGAGUACACCCGACGCUGACAGUGACUCGCCCGACCCAAGUCUGCAGAGCUUCUCCGACUCUGGGCAGGUUCCGGCCAGUUGGCCGCUGGCGCCGACCGAUGCUGUCGGGCCGCCCGUGCAACAGGCGCCAGUGCACAACCCGCUCCAGGCAACACCGGCCCAUUCUGCGGAGCCAGAGGCUCCAGCCGGCCCUCCCAUAAUGACUAGUGUCGGUCCGCACGGGGCCGUCACGCGUUGGGAGCAUCGCAACCCCCUGCACGAGUUUACCAGAGAGAGGCUUGGGUUUCGGGACAACACCAGGAGCAUACUUCUGCGGCAGCCAUUCACAACGCACCUGGUGAUAGACAACCCCGUCAUAGAUGUGCUGCACUCCCUUCCAGAGCCCGGUCCAAGAGAUCCCAGUACGGCUUCCGGAUAUCUGCGCUGCGUGGAGUGCCAUAUCGACAUUGACCAAAUCUCGGACUUUCACUGCAGCGCCGCCGUGCGUCUCUCAGACGUAUGCCAAGACGUACAUCAUCAGCAAGCCAGCUCUCACAGCCACGUCUGCAACGCGUGCGCCCAGCACAGCACCCAGCUCCUGGUGGACCCCCGGUAUGCUCCGCUCACGGCCGCCGAAGUGCUGGCCAUGCGAAGCUAUCUGUGCGACAACUGCACAACACGCGCUGGGGUAAGCAUUGAAGGGAUGCUGGGGAUGUGUACAUCCGGCGUCAACACGGUCUACGGCAGCUUUCCUUCGUUCCUGUCGUCAUCGAUGUUGCCGCAAGCCACGAUGCUGGCCGACGAGAACGCUCCCUUGUUCCUGGCAGCGCCGGAUGGGCGCGGCUUCGUCGCGUUCUUCAACAGGGCCCGGCCGCUAACGGGCUGUGCGUGCGGCGUCAAGCUGUUUCAGACGCGGCAGUGCCAGUUCCACCGUAUCGAGAACGCAAAGGCCGUGCUGAGCCACGCCGCGACCGUGCGGGAUUGGCGGAUGCGGGCAGGGCAGCAUGACAGGUGCGCUGGCUGCUUUGAGUAUCCUGCGGAGGUAACGCUGCAGCGCGAGCAACAGGAGGCCGCUACGGGACUCAUGCCAUCUCCCGUGCAGCUGCAUUCAUGGGUAUGCCUCGCAUGCGGAGCGUGGGUGAUGAAUCAGGCCAGCUCGGAGCUUGUGGAUGGCUGGCAGUCAUGGUUCAACCCAUUGCCUGCGUCGCUCAGCGGCGUUGGCCCACAUGAUGCCGAUGAGUCGCCCCUCGGAGCUUCUGGCCUGUCACCUUUUUAG